AUGUCAGAACUGCCAUUACGACGACGUAAGCCCCGGGCGACGGACGAAGUCCUGCCCAACAGCUAUACAGAGCCACGAGCCGUGAAGUCAAGUAGUAGCAGAGAGCUUACACCAAUCUCAAAGACUGACCCUGCAGACUAUGUCAAAGGAUUAGUUUUUAACUACAUCUACUCAACAUAUGAUGUCGCCCUGAAAUGCACGCUUGAAGAGCCGACAGCACUCCCAGAUGAUAGCCAGCAAGGUGUGGGCUUCAGUUCCUUGGAAUCCGUCUGCGUCGAUGCCUCAACCAUACGUCAGCUCCUCUCAGCAUCAGCAGCGGAGUUUGUCGCGCGACUCUCACCCGUGGAAGUAUCAUACAUAGACAAACUGGCCAGUGAUAUACUAUCCCACAUUCCUUGCCACAAGAGCUACAUGCCGAUUCAAGACCUCAUCAACCUGAACAUACCCCCCGAUCGACUUGGUCUUCUUCUCUCCGCAUUAGCACUGUGUUGCACAUAUCCCAAACAGAUCAAUAGCAAUGCUUCCGCAUAUUUCUUGGGCUCUCGAUACCUGUUCAAUUAUCGUUCCGUGAAACCUUCACUGGACCUUUGCAUCGCAUACUAUUUGCAACAUCUCUAUCUCCUGAAAACAGGACCAGAUAACCAGGACACAACCGCCCUUACCAUGGCCAUCCGCACAGCUCAUGAUCUCAAGAUUAACGAAAGGGGGUCCCCCAAUCGUUGCACACUACCUGCGAAAUUGUACCUGUUUUUGUAUUUCUACGACCAAUGCUGCGCCAUGAGCAACAACACCCCCCCUCUCAUCAAAACCACCGACUACAAAGCCAACGUCUUCGACCACGUCCUGGAAGAAGAGCCCGAUUUGCGGCCCCUAUUCAAUAUCCUCGUAGCUAACGGCCAGGUCCUCGAAGCCCUGUACGGAAAACCCUGCGACCACAGCAACAUAUACCACCUCGAGGAACUCCUCGGCUGCGUUUCCAAAUCGGCCCGCAAACCCAUGCAACCAUUCCUCGGCCUCGGUGGAACCAACAUGAACUACGAAGCCCCCGUCCAGAUCCACAUGUUCUGGGCCAGAAUAACUCUCCGCGUCCACCGCCUCACCCUAACAGAAGACUGGAUCCCUUCCAUGAGCAUCUGCGUCCGCGCCUCCCAGAUGAUCCUCCUCCUCUACUUCCAAACCUACAACCCCUCCAUGGCCCCCGGCGCCGCCACGAAUCUGCACAAACUCGGCCUCCCCCUUCUCUCCAUGGAGGGCCGCAUGCCCCUAACCUGGCGCCAGGUGAAGCGCAUCAUGGCCUCCGCGUUCAUCCUCAUCUACGCGUACUGGCACGGCGAGGUCACCUUUGAGGAGGUCUGUCGGGGCACCGCGAUGGCGCUGGUGCUGCAUGAGUGUCAGCGGGUCAGGUGGGGGCGGGAGCUGGAUGGUGCUAUGGCGGUUUUGAGGGAUAUAGCAGGGAUUUGUGGGAUGACUAUCUUGCCGAAUAUGUCGAGUUUAUUGCCGGAUGUUGAUCUGGAGGUUUUGAGGGUUAUUGCUGGGUAA